AGUUUUGUUUAGUUUAGUUUAACAUUACAUCAGUCAACUGAGUUAGAAUAUUGCAUGUUGUUAGUUGGGUUGAAUAAAAAUGGCAGAGAGUAAAGAAAAACUAAAGUCAGAAAUUAAAGAAGAGUUAAGAUCUGAAGGUUUUACUGAUCAAUCAUGUUACCAGUAUAUCUCCUCUUCAAGAAGAAUAGCACGUUUUAAAGAUAAGCCUUCAUCUCCUGAUGAUGUAGAAAUUAAGGAAUGGGUGCAAGAUAUAAAAGCUCACCUCAAUACCAGAAAAUUUAAAGAUAGGGAAGAAGCUGCCGCUUUCAUUGUUAGUAAUUUAGCUGGUAAAGCUAGAAAAGAAAUCAUUGGUAGAGGGAUAGAAAUUAGCACAAACCCAGAGAAAAUUUUUGAAAUUUUAAUAAAAGUUUUCGGGGAUGGUGACAUACUGCCUGUUCUUCAGCAACGUUUUUAUGAGUACAAACAAGGUAGUAAAGAAGAUCUGCUCUCAUGUUCACUAAAAUUGGUUGAACUUUUUGAUGAAAUUUGUGUUAUCAGGGAAGAAUUCUUGGUUGACAGAGAUAAUACACUGAAAGGUAGAUUAGCGGAAUGUGUUAGAGAUAACAGUUUGAAAAGAGAGUUGAGAAGACUAAAUUUAGAACAACCAAGAUUGUCAUUUUUUGACCUUAGAGAUAGAGCUAUUGACUGGAUCGGUAGGAGUGAUCAGAAUCAGAAAGAAACAGGUACUCUCCAAGAGUCUGCUGUACAAAAUGAUGAAAUUUUAAAAUUAGUCCAAGAACAAAGUAAACAAAUAGCUCAGCAAUCUAAACAAAUUUUGCAACAACAGCAACAAAUAAAUGAGUUAAUGAGAGGACAAUUUCGAGGUCAGCGUGACAUGAUAAGAGAAGUAAGAGGUAGAGGUCAAAGUAGAGGUAGAGGUCGACAUAGCAACCGAUAUGGUAGACAAUCUGAGGUGAGGAAAUGUUUUAAGUGUGGUUCAGAAGAACAUUUACUUAGAAACUGUCCACAAAAUCAGGAUUUUUAAGUGGGUUUUUAACUAAGAUAGUUGGAAAAUGUCCAGAAACUGUGGUUAGCAUUAAUGGCUGCAGUAUUCAGUGUUUAUUGGACACGGGAGCGCAAGUAUCAACAGUCACAGAAAGAUGGUACAGAGAAAACUUACCCAGUGUACAUUUGAUUGACGUUUC